GUCACAUAUUGAGACUCCACUCCAUACUUAUCAGUUCUAUCACUUGUUACCGCAAAAUAUGGCCAGUCUGCCUUCCAGAAAUCCACGCAUGUCUGUUACGGCACUAGACGCUGCUGCGCUAGGCUGCCAAAGGCCAGAAGGCUGUAAUUUGCAAGUCAAAGAGUUGAAUUUAAAUGGAGUUUACUUGGCAUCAUUUUGUAGAAGACUAGGCUAUCCAAUUCCUGUGCCGUUCUUAGUACCGGUACCUUGUCUCUCGAUAUAACCACGUGCUUGUGCAUGUCUGCAUGGUCGGAAAAAGAAUAUUGGAGGUCAAAAAAAUGACGAACGGAAGUUUACAGAAUUAAUAUGUGUAGGUAACGUUACCGGUACUAUUUUUGGCUACAGAUGAUGAUCAAUAGAUCAUACUGUAAAAUUCUUCUGAAAGUUGGAAAUAAUAUUAUUCGUUGAUCACGAUUUACAUUUGACACCAGGUUCGAAUUUCGGUUUAUCGCAAUAUAAUUGAGACAUGGAGCAAAAUAAACAUUACUUUAUUUAACAACAUAUAUCUGUAUAUUGCUAUAUCAGUCUAAGUUUCAUAUGAUUGAAAAUUGAAUUUAUAUUUCCAUACUUUCAAGACAUUUAAAUUAAGUCAUAUACAGAUAACUGAAUAAACUGUAUCAGAUUGAAGUAGUCAUUAUUACUGUUUUAGCUCAAGAGUUUUAAUAAAGGAUAACAGCCCAAAAGUUUAAUACAGUUACAUAUCUUUGUUUUUUGUAGUCUAAUUUUUUUGGUGUGUCUGUUGGUGGGCGGGCACGUGACAUUUCUCAUGUUUAAAACUUUUUUUAAAUGUUUUGUCCGCUCUCCAGAAUUCUUCAUUUUUAAUUUGUGUUUAUUACUGUAUUAUGGAGUUUUCAAAAUAAACUAUCAGUUUAGCCUUUGCAGAUUUGUGAGCAAGGCAAAAAUAUUCGAUCAUUGUCUCAAUCAGAAUCACAAAUUUGUUAAUUGAAAAUGAACCAGCAGCAUAUGGUACUCGUAUAACCAUACGAGGCCGUACCUGCAUAUGGUACCGUAGCUGUUAUGAAACCAUCAUGCUUUGUGUCGUAUACGCUACUCAGUUAUGCAAUUUGGAUUAUCAUAAACUCUAUUUCAUCAAUUCAAGGUUUGCGUGGGCCAUUUUAUGUUUCUUUUUACUUAAUUUAAUAUCAUUGUUGUUGUUCAAUACCAGGUUGUGUGCAAUUUAAAAUGUCGUUAAAACGGCAAUAUACAGAUGAUAUACAAUUUGAUUCUAAUAAGAAAACUGUGGUAGAUGGAGAGACAAAGAUUAUCAGUUUCUCAGAUGAUAGUGAUGAUGGCGAUGAAGCCUAUCUUGAAGAAGUUGUGUUUGGUGGAACUGUAGAAGGUUCUGAUGAAAAAGAAACCACUUGUGGUUUUUAUAUUGACAAAUUGAAGAGCACUUCUGGUGAAACAAGCCAAACUGCUGCAUGGAAUGAUGAUGAUGACUUUACUGUAGAACCAGAGACAAAAAAUAAAAAGUCGAAAGGACCUGGACUCGGAAAUAUGCGAUUUCAACCUCUUUUGAAAAGUGAUCGGAAAACUGAAUAUGAAAAAACUGUCGGUGAAGCUCCUGAAUGGUCAAAAUUAGUUUCUGUCAAUAGCAAAUUGGAGAAAGAUGAAGAAGAUUUAUUGACUAUUAGAUAUGAUUAUGUCACGGCAUCCCAACAUCUAUCCAAAAGUGUUUUAGAAAUAAACCGAUGUGCAGAUGUAAACAAACAGCAACCAUCACAAAAAGCCUUGGAAGCUUGUGAGUUCCAUAAAAGUGCCCAGCUAGCUCUGACUGCAGCAUCUGAUUGCAGGCUCAAUUUGUUCCAGGUAGACGGGAAAUGCAAUCAAAAAAUUCACAGUUUUUUUGUUGAACAGUUUCCAAUUAAAUGUGCCCACUUUCUCACGUCAGGUGAAGAAAUUUUAAUGACUUCAAGUUGCCAUUGGUUUUAUAGUUAUGACAUGAUUUCUGGUAAAAUUAUCAAAAUACCAAACAUUAAAGGAACAGAAGAUAGAUCAUUAACAAGAUUUCUAGUAUCUCCAGAUGGAAAGCAUUUAGUUUUUAUAUCAAAAUACGGUCACAUGCACAUAGUUUCUUCUUCAACUAAGGAAUUGAUAAGGACGAUUAAAGUUAAUGGUAAUGUGAAUGACGUGACUUUUUCUAAAGAAGGCCAGAACAUUUUCGCAUUUGGAGAUGAAGGAAUAGUUACUAUGUGGGAUAUACGGUCUCACUCAUGCUUUCAUUCCUUCUAUGAUGAAGGUUGUACAAACGGCACGUCACUAGCAACUUCUCCGAAUGGAAAGUAUGUUGCCUGUGGUUCAAGAAGCGGGUUUGUGAAUGUGUAUGAUGAACUUUGCUUCAGUACAGAAAAUCCAAAGCCUAUUGGAACCAUUAAAAACUUGAGAUAUCCUGUCGACUUGUUGAAAUAUAAUCCCACAUCUGAAAUACUUGCAAUGGCAUCUAGUGAAGCUGAAAAUGCUUUAAAACUGAUACAUCUACCAUCACAUACAGUGUUUUCAAAUUUCCCUGGUAAAAAGAAUAAUUUAAAAUUGCCACGGAAAAUUGAUUUUUCUCCCAAUAGUGGAUACUUCAUGGUGGGAAAUCACAAAGGUAGAGCACAGUUGUUCAGGCUGGGCCACUAUAAAUCAUAUUAAUUUAUUAAUAUGUUUUAUGUAGUUAAUGCCUUUUUUUUUUCUUCCAACUCUUUGCUGUCAGAUUUUGUUUCAUCCAAGACUAUAUUGCAGCGAAGUUUACAACCUUAAGAUUAGGCAUGGGGUUAAGAUGGGCAAAACAAUCGCAAUGUUUCAUCACCAUCAAGCAUCAACCAAUAACUCAAAAUUGACACCAUUACAUAGAAUGGCAGCAGCAUAUGUCAAACUUAAUCCUCACAGAUUUUCUGGUAAUAAUAAUUUGCAUUCAUAUUUUCUGACUCGAUACUUAAUAUUAUGCUCAACUUGAAAUGUAUUUUGCAAAAUAAUGAAUGUGCCCAUGCAUAUUUUCAAGAAUAGUGAGUUAACAUAUACUGUUUAUGUCACUAUGAAUAAUCGUGUGCGAUAUGAUGGUUUCAAUUCGAAACAAAACCAAUAUUAUGAGGAGUUUUAUGAGGCCCUGAUCCAUGAGGGCAAUUUCCCUUUAUGCUCCCCACACCUUAUUAUCGAACACACCUAUUAGCAUCACGUGCUACAAGCAGAUAUUUUAGUUCAAUUCACUAACAAAUCAUGUAUAAAAAUAUUUCGUUUCAUUGAAAACUGUACACCUAUUGGGUUAUCAUAUUUUUCAUGGAUAAUGUUUGUGCUGCCAUUUUAAUCGUAUUUGCUUCUUUUUCAG